CUCUCUCUCUCCCUCCUCAACUCCCAACUCCGAAGCCCCACGCAGCCGGCCUCGUCGCUCGCAAGAGAUCGCCUCUGCCGCCGCACGCGAGAGUCGAGGCAACCCCGAGAGCGGCCUCUAGCCGUUUACUCCCCGCUCCGCGCCCCGAGGAGCGGGGGCCAAAUUGGUGGGCCUGCUCCCCGUCUCUCUCGCUCUGCUUCGCGCCGUUCUCCGCUCCGUGCAGCCGACGAUCCCGCCCGGGGGAUGCGGAGGCUCGAGGCGUGAUGUGCGGAUCGGAGCAUGGACGUGAUCGCGUCUCCGCCUAGUAGGAGCUGCUGCUGCGGGAGCCGGCGUGGGAGCAGGGGUUGUUGCGCGGGCCGCGGCCAUGACGAUGUACAUAGCGCGGGAGGCUUCCAAGGUAUGGAGGAAGGUGACCGCAGAGAUAUCGGCGGAGCUGCCGCUACUGCGCGAGAAGUGGCGGCUGCUCCUCGCCGGACUGAUUUGCCAGUAUAUUCAUGGAUUGGCUGCUCGAGGAGUGCAUUAUUUGCAUCGACCUGGACCACUGCUCCAGGACUUGGGAUUUAUGGCCCUUCCAGAGCUUGGGCAAGCCAAAGGUUAUCUUAGUGAGAGCUUAUUUUCUUCCAUCUUCAUCUCAUUUGUGUUGUGGACUUUUCAUCCUUUUAUUUAUCACAGCAAACGUUUCUAUACCGUGCUAAUCUGGCGCAGGGUCCUCGCCUUUUUAGUUGCUUCACAGGUUUUAAGGAUUAUUACAUUCUAUUCAACACAGCUCCCGGGUCCAAAUUAUCACUGUCGUGAGGGCUCAAAAUUGGCAACCCUUCCACCACCCAAUAGUGUACUUGAAGUGCUCCUGAUUAACUUUCCUCGUGGAGUACUUUUUGGCUGCGGUGAUUUGAUAUUUUCAUCUCACAUGAUUUUCACUCUCGUUUUCGUUCGAACAUACCAUAAAUAUGGUUCAAAAAGGUUUAUUAAGCUCCUUGCUUGGUUGAUGGCUAUAAUUCAGAGUCUUCUGAUAAUUGCUUCUCGCAAGCACUACACUGUCGAUGUUGUUGUUGCAUGGUAUACUGUAAACUUAGUCGUAUUCUUUGUAGACAACAAGCUCCCAGAAAUGCCGGAUCGGACGAGUGGGCUACCUUUGCUUCCAUUGAGUACCAAAGAAAAGGAUAUUAGGUUGAAGGAGGAGAGAGACAACAAACUGAAGGAUGAGUUCCAUAAGUUGCUGAACGGGAACCAUGGGGAUCCCACUGAUCGGCGACAGCGGGCGCAGAUGAACGGGAGGCACGGCGAAGACAUCAAUCACGCGCUCUCCGAGGCCACUGCCAAUGGUACAUGAGCGCGGCAUCUGCUUUUCACCGGGAGUUUGUCCUUCGCGCCCGGAGGAGAAUCCUCCGGGGGAAGAAAAACUACCGGGUCUACCUGCAUGUCGAACUGAAGCCAUCCAAGACUCCAGCCACACCAUUGAACGAUCACAUGGAUCUCCUUCCCCCUCGAUCCUUUUGCGUGAUGCAAGACUCCCGAAUCUCGCGGCGCCUCUCGGAUCUUCCUUCGCGGUACAGUUUUGAAUUACCCAUUGCAAUGGCCUCGUUCAGGAUGGCACUGGAAUUUGGUCUUGAUGUACAUAUUGAUCGACUGAAACUAGUGGUUGAUUCGCUCGUUCGUAUCCAUUAGUCGCCGACUCACUGAUUGUAGUUUGUGACGAGUAUAGCUGUUGGCUUGUUGCUUCGAGCCAACGCUUUCAUGCU